GCGAAGCGAGCCACAGCCACCGGAAACGAAACGAGACACACGCCCCACGCCCCACGCCGUUCGCCCACUCCCCGCCCAGCCGUUCCCGUCGCCACCCUUCGCCGACGCGGGGGCAAGAGAAGAAGCGGAAAGAGAGAAAGCGUCCCCCACCCCGCGCGGAUCCCGCGACCGGGCCCAUGUCCCCCUCGACACUGCUCGUCCGGCCACCGGCGCCGGCGAAUCCGUCCCUUCCGCCUCGUCGGUGCGCGCCCGUAUCAGCAGCGGCAGCGACGCUCCGCACGUCUCCUGCCGCCUCCUCCGUGGCUCACUUCUCUAGGCUGCGAACCAAGUGCAGGUUUGCUGCCCCCGGUGUGAGAGAAGAUUACUCUUCUACGCCAAUCGAUGUCGUAGCCGACGUGAAAACAGAGAAGAUUGUAGUCUUGGGAGGAAGUGGAUUUGUCGGUUCUGCUAUAUGCAGAGCUGCAGUAGCUAAAGGCAUUGAGGUUGUGAGUCUCAGCAGGUCAGGAAGACCGUCUUACUCUGAUCCUUGGGCUGAUGAAGUUACUUGGCUAGCAGGAGAUGUUUUCUAUGCAAGAUGGGAGGACGUACUAGUAGGGGCUACUGCUGUUGUGUCUACCCUUGGAGGAUUUGGUAAUGAAGAACAGAUGAAAAGGAUAAAUGGUGAAGCAAAUGCCAUAGCAGUAGACGCUGCAAAAGAAUUUGGGAUCCCGAAAUUUAUUUUGAUCUCUGUUCAUGAUUACAACCUUCCAUCCUUUCUCCUUACCUCGGGCUAUUUCACUGGUAAGAGAAAGGCUGAAUCUGAAGUCCUCUCCAAAUACCCAUCCUCAGGUGUUGUAUUGAGGCCUGGGUUUAUUUACGGUAAAAGGAAAGUAGAUGGCUACGAGAUACCGCUCGACAUCGUAGGGCAACCACUUGAGAAGCUACUUUCGUCUGUCGAAAAUUUCACCAAACCAUUGAGUGCAUUGCCUGGUUCGGACCUGGUCCUCGCACCCCCUGUGAAUGUGGAAGAUGUCGCCUACGCCGUGAUCAACGCCGUCAUAGAUGACAGCUUCUUCGGCGUGUUCACAAUCGAGCAGAUCAAGGAAGCAGCAGCCAGUGCGAGAGUGUAGAGAUCUGCAUAUCUGGAAGUACCUUACGGAGUUAUGAGGGAGCAGUCAUGUUCUUGCAAAUCUUCCAUAAUACUAGUGGAUAGCUCAAUGCCGAACUCAGUACUGCAAUGCUGUGCUUAUAUAGAGAGUUUAAAUGCA